AUGAAUCUACUUGCAACCAUCAGCAUUUUGCUGUUGUUAGGUUUUUCAAUUAUUCAAUUCCAAAAGGGUUUCUGCAAUGUUAAAAUUUCAGUCCAAUAUCUCUCUGCUCAGUUCUGUACCGCUGUUUGUAUGACUAAAUUUCAAAACGCAAUAUCCGAUAUAACAGGUGUGUUCGGAACACAAAUAUCCGCUCAAUUUUGCCUUGCAGGGUCUUCGGAAGCUACAACAAUGUUAGCUCCUUUUCACAAAAUCAUUUCAACAACCAGUGACAACCGAGCGGCUCACAAGCAGAUCCGCACACUUUGCUCGUAA